ACCCAAUCUCAAUCACAAAGCAUCAGACCCAUUAACCAUGGCCGAAAACAGUGGCACUACUCAGCCAUUGCUGCAAGGGAUCAAUGACCAGGCUCGACUCUCCGAUCUGUCCUCAGAAGCUGUGGAGGAGCUCUUGGCACAGGAGCCAGUGUCUGUUGGACAGUGGCUGAGGCUGGUGGGUUGGGAGUCCAAGCUCCUCUGGUAUCUCUCUGGUGCUUCAAUUGCUGUCUCUAUCUUCAAUUUCAUGCUCAGUUUGGUGACCCAGAUGUUCACUGGCCAUUUGGGUGCCUUGGAACUUGCUGGUGCUUCCAUUGCCAAUGUUGGUAUUCAAGGUCUUGCUUAUGGGAUCAUGUUGGGUAUGGCUAGUGCUGUUCAGACAGUAUGUGGGCAGGCCUAUGGAGCAAAGAAGUAUGAUUCCAUGGGCAUAGUUUGCCAAAAAGCCAUAAUCUUGCACUUGGGAGCAUCUGUCCUCCUAACCUUUGUGUAUUGGUACUCCGGCACCAUACUCCGGGCAAUCGGUCAGUCAGAUAGCAUAUCAGCACAAGGACAGAUUUUCGCACGUGGAUUGCUUCCUCAACUAUAUGCAUUUGCAAUCUAUUGCCCUAUGCAGAGAUUUCUCCAAGCACAGAACAUUGUAAACCCCUUAGCUUACAUAUCUUUUGGGAUCUUCCUUGUACAUAUACUUCUCACAUGGUUGGUUGUGGAUGUGGUGGAGUAUGGUCUCCUGGGAGCAGCUCUUACAUUGGGUUUAUCUUGGUGGCUACUUGUGUUUGUGACUGGGCUUUAUAUAAUUUUGAGCCCAUCUUGCAAGGAAACUUGGACAGGGUUCUCUAUGAAGGCCUUCAGGGGGUUAUGGUCUUACUUGAAGCUCACACUUGCUUCUGCUGUUAUGCUGUGCUUGGAGAUAUGGUAUAACCAGGGAAUUGUGCUUAUAUCAGGAUUGCUCCCUAAUCCUACUAUCUCACUUGACUCUAUUUCCAUUUGCAUGAACUACCUAAACUGGGACAUGCAGUUUAUGUUAGGCCUAAGUACAGGAACCAGUGUUCGAGUUGGAAAUGAGCUAGGGGCUGGUAACCCAAAGGUUGCAAGAUUAUCGGUGAUUGUUGUUAAUGCAACAAGCAUCUUGAUUAGUAUUAUAUUCAGCGCAUUUGUUUUGAUAUGUCGCACCGCACUAAGUAAGGCUUUCACCAGUGAUGAUGAGGUUAUUACCGCAGUUUCGGAUUUGACUCCAUUACUUGCAAUCUCAGUAUUCCUAAAUGGAAUUCAACCCAUACUUUCAGGGGUGGCAAUUGGGAGUGGAUGGCAAGCUGUGGUUGCUUAUGUUAACCUAACCACUUACUACAUCAUUGGUCUUCCUAUUGGAUGUGUUCUUGGCUUCAAAACAGGCCUUGGAGUGGCAGGAAUUUGGUGGGGAAUGAUAUUUGGAGUUUUUCUUCAGACAGUGACCCUCAUAAUCUUGACUGCUAGAACAAACUGGAAUAAAGAGGUCGAAAAAGCUGCCGAUCGAUUAAAGAUAUCGGCAGAUGAUGAAGAAAAACGUGACUUGGUGGAGCACAUUGCAUGACCAUUCCCAAGAAAAUUAGCAUAUGUUUCUAUAUAUAGAUUGAUGACACCAUAUAAUUCUAUAGAGAGAGGAUUGGAAGAAAUCAAGAGAAGGUCCAAGUUUUG